GUCCCGGAAAUAUUAACGGAUUUUAAAUAUCUUCUGGUGAAUAAACUUAUGUAGGAGUGAGGUUUUGUAUUUAUUUAUUAAAUAAGUAAACAGUUAUUCAGCAUGGACAUAUCCUCUGAUGAAUCUGAUGACUGGUUUAUGGAGUCUCUAAACACAUACAAAGACCUGCAUGUAUUUCAACUCGAGCAUCCGACGAAAGUAAUAGAGUGGACGGGGGACAAAAAUAUUUGUGUUGCAGGAUACACUGGAGCAAGAAGCGAAAUCUUGGAGUUACUUCUGCCUCUUAAGUUAUAUGCAGGAGAAAACCAGGGUCUUUGUGCAGAAAGAGACUUCAAAGUACAGCAUGGUGGCUUUUCUGAGGAACCUGUUGAGAGUUUGAUACAUAUCCCUGGAACAAGGUGUGUGGUGACUAGUGGAAGUUCUAGUUCAACAUUGCAGAUUUGGGAUAUUGGAGGCGAUGAUAGCGAUGUUAUAAAAGGGACUGGAGUCAUAAACCUCAAGAGCACAUCAGCAAAAGGCAGUAAAAUAGCACCUGGAUUGACAGACGAACCAGCAGUCCUUCAUGGUUCUUGUAUAAAUGAAGUUCAGCUGACAGAGAUAGCAACAGGACAGAUUCUGUAUACAGUAGCAAAAGAGUCCUCAGAUUCAGUGAGUGGCUUACAGUUUGUGAAUGCUUGUGUGUUUCUCAUUUGUGCGAGCGAUGGCACUCUGCUCAUGGUUGACACAAGAGAUCCCUCGACUUGUCAUUAUCCUCUGGAAGACAGUAAGAGUGGUUUGCACUGGUCAUUUGGAUUGAGGAGUGACAGCUCUCAGUCAGAACCUUCCUCUUGUACUGUAGCAAGACUCUCGUCCUCUGGUCACAUGCUGUUGUCUGAUCUAAGAAAUUUACAGAGUCCGUUUUGUCAAACCCAACUAAAUGUCCAACACAGCACAUCAAAGAAGGACUUCCUGAACGUUUCUUGGGCUCCUGUUCUCGACAGAUGUCUGUCUGUGUCGGGGUUUGAUGGAACAGUGCACAUCUACAACACAAUGAAUUGGAGUACCGAGGGACAGAGCCCACAGCCAGUUUUUUCACACCGAGGUCAUGAAAUGUCUCAUGAAGCAAAAUACAGUGGUUCCCCGCCUGUGGUUACCACCCAUUCUUGGCAUCAGUCACGACCAAAAACUCUUCUCUCCGCAGCUACGGAUGGAUCUCUUCAUGUAUGGGACUGGGUGGAUAAAAUCACUGACAGAUGAUGUUGAUGUUCAUUAGAUAAUAGACAAAACUAUUGUGUAAUUAUACAAGCAUAUCCUUUAUUCAUUUUAAACAGAUUUGCAUAAUACUUUGCAGUCAGAGUACAAUGUUUGUGAACUCAUUAUGUAAUAUUAAACAAUUGAAAAAUAACAUUGUCUGAAUUUUGACAAUGACCGUUAGCAAACUAUAUUAUUACACUGUAUUAUUACACGGCUCUCUGGAAUACUUGAUUCUGAUUGGUCAGUUGCUGCGUUCAGCAGUGUGAUAUUUCAACUCAAAUCAAAUUAGUUUGAGUAGCCGUGUAAUCAUCAUAAAAAUUAAUAUUGUAGCCUACCACCAUUUCUACACCGGACGCGAACAGCGCGACGGGACAAAAAAAAAAGAACAUUAAUAUCACUGAUGCUGGAUGGUGACAAAUCCCCUACAGUAAACUGAUGCCCCGGCCCGUUAUAUUUCUGACGUACUCCAGGACAACUUCCAACAACAGCCCAUUCACAUACAAGUCUUUUUUUUUUUUUUUUGCAUUGAAAAACGUGAAAUGGAACAGAACAACACGCAAGGUCUCAGGAUGCACAUGGUGUGUUCUGUUUAAUUAGAUUCCAGUUUCCGUAUUUAAAAAGAAAAAAAAAAGUUUCAGUCAGAGAAUGUAAUUGUGUAUGUAAUGUUAUGAAGUUACCAAUAAAAUAAAGCUAAACUAAUUAAAGUAUGAUUACUGUUUCCUACAUAUUGAAUACCU